AUGUUGAAAUACGGAGUUCAACUAAAAUUCUUGGCCACUAAUAAUGAGGUCGUGUACGAAGGAAUACUGACGGGACUAAGAGUUGGGAAAGCACUGGGAGCUAAAAACCUGCUCCUCCAGAGCAAUUUGAAGUUGGUAAUAGGGCAAGUAAAGGAGGAAUAUGAAGCGAAGGAGGAAAGAAUGCAAAAAUGCCUCAGGCUGACGAAGCAUUUAACACAAGGGUUUGAUAGGGUGGAGUUCGAGAAGAUCCCAAGAAACCAGAACAUGAUAGCAGAUGAGAUCGUGAAACUGGCCUCGUCAGAAAAAAGAUCCACGAGUAUGGGCUUGGACAUGGAAAUCCAAAAACACCCCAACAUCGAAAAAGUCUCUACAUUUGCAAUCCAGAGCACAAAUAGUUGGAUGACACCGGUCAUAUCCUUCCUUCAAGACGAACACCUCCCACAAGACGUCAAGGAGGCCAAGAAGGUUAAGAAGAAGGUAGCUAGAUUCACAAUCCUAAAUGACACCCUGUACAAGAGAGGCUUCUCCAUACCCUACCUGAAAUGUGUUAACGAAGAGGAAGCCAAGUAUAUCCUGGAAGAGAUCCAUGAAGGGGUUUGCGGUGACCAUGCAAGCCCCAAAUCCUUGGUGGAUGCAAUGGAACUCGUUAAGAGGUGUGACAAGUGCCAGAGGUUCGGGAAUGUCCAACGCCUCCCAGCCGGGAAACUGACAACAAUAGCCUCCCCUUGGCUGUUUGCCCAAUGGGGAAUAGACAUCAUCGGCUCGUUGCCCCAAGGUAAAGGACAGGUAAAGUUACUGCUAGUCGCUAUUGACUACUUCAUAAAAUGGGUCGAAGCAGAGGCUCUAGUAACCAUAACUGAAGCAAGAAUCCAGAUCUUCGUGUGGAAGAACAUAAUUUGCAAGAUCGGGAUCCCACGGACGAUCAUAUCAGAUAACAGGUGGCAGUUUGACAACCAAAGCUUUAGGGACUUCUGUUUAAACCUAGGGAUCAAAAACCAGUUCUCAUCCCCGGGACAUCCACAGGCAAACAGACAGACGGAGAUGACUAACCGAACACUACUCAAGAUUAUUAAAGUCAGGUUGGACGACGCAAAAAGGGUCUGGCCAGAAGAAUUGCCCAAUGUCUUGUGGGCUUACAGGACUAUGGCAAGAACCUUAAUAAGAGAAACCCCCUUCAGACUCACUUAUGGCACCAAGGCGGUAAUCUCGGUCAAGGUGGGAAUAACCAGUGUCCGACGAGAGAUGUUCCACGAGGAGAGUAACGACAAUCAGCUACGAAUUAACCUGGACUGUCUAAACGGGGUCAGAGAGAAAGGUUUUAACAAGAUGACGAAAUAA